UGGUUAGUACAAUAUGUGUGGGUACUUCUCGAAUGCGAAAAGUAAAUGAGCUGAUGCGCAGCAAAUGAAAAUUGUUUGGUUUGUGGCAAUGAACAUGAGAGAAUGGCUGCAAGGGGCCAUACCAGCCGAUUUUUUAUGGGAGCCAUUUCGGCCCACAUAAAGCAUCGUGGGUUGCCGAUAAGGACCGGUGCCCACCGAUGUUAACGUCCCUGAUCACAAGGCAUUAAUUGGUUUUCUUUGAUAGGUGGUAAGGGGUUGUGUAAGAUUUUCUUAGACUGGAGUUUGUGAACUUUUCCUUUUCAUGUGGCGUCUGUAAUCAGUGACAUGAAAGGAGACGAGUUUCUUUUGCCGUAUGAGGGAGAUUGAAGGAACCCCAACAAGAAGUUAAUCCCUCAUUUUUCAUACCAGAAACAGGUGAUGAUGGAAACGCCGGUCAUCGCGGCAUUCAAGUCCACGGUCUGAAAGGCGUAGGCCGAACUCUUUGUCUUUUUCGUUUCGCCAUUCUUCGUCGGCAUCGUUGAAGUUCCGGCAGGAGAGGAGACGUACCGCUUUGAUGAAGAAACAAAAUAACGUGAAGCGGCAUUGAGGAAGGUGGUGCCAAGAUGGAGAAGAAGGAGAAGGUACUUCAGUACAGGAAGAGAUUAGACAGCACGUUGAUAUCGCCUAAACUGACCAGCAAAGACUCGGUGAGAGCUCUUGUCAAGCGUCAACUUUUCCGGUCUUCCUCCUCUGGGCAGUUUGAAGGCGAUCCAGAGAAGGUUGUAGAAAAACACACUGCAGAUGUCUGGAAUUUUCUUCAGAUGCUGAGAAGUGUUCCAGGAAAUGAAAAUGAUAUUGCCAAGAGUCAAUCAUUGUCGCAGAAUGAUUGGAAGUUAAAGAAAGAUGAUGGUCAACUCCGUGUGAUGUAUCGGGAAGCUCCAAAUGGCACUCCUUUCCAUACUUUGCUUGCAGAAGGCUAUGUUAAUGGUCCUAUUGAUGUUUGUUUGUGUGUUUCAUGGGAGUCUGAGCUCUAUUCCAAAUGGUGGCCCCAAGCUGUAAUUCCACCAUUCAAAGUCCUCUUGUCUACAUCUUUGAAGAAAAUUCGUGUUGGUGAGCAGAUUUCACUAGUGAGGAUGAAAGUACCAUGGCCGCUUUCAGUGAGAGAGGCUAUUGUGCACUUUUUUGAGCUAGAACUCUAUGAAGAUGGACUUGUCAUUGUGCUGUUUAAUUCGAUUGAUGUGGACCACGUAAAUGUGAGCACCGAUGGCUUCACCUCUGAUGGAAUUCCGGAGCCAAAAGAUGUUGUGCGAAUGGAUUUGAUUGGCGGCUUUGCAUUACAAAAAGUAAGCUCAGAUAAGAGCUAUUUUAGAACAAUUGCAAACCUGGAUAUGAAGUUAGAAUUUAUGCCGCCUGCACUUAUUAAUUUUGUGGCGAGGCAUCUUGUGGGGAAUGGUUUUAAGCUUUACGAAAAGGCCAUCAUUUCAGCAGCUAAAGGUGACAAAGAUUUUGACACAGUCUUGGAGAAUGGACCAUUGUAUGUUCAACUUCGCAAUGGUCUGCUGAAUCUUGGAGAGUCAGUGGAUGCUGCAGACCAUUCUAGAAGUGAACACUCCAGUGAAAUAACUGAUGAACAAACAGUUGCUGUUGUUAGAUCUCCUAUGCAUGUUUCUGAGAUUGAAAUAGAUGAUGCGCAAGUGGCAGAAUCAUCUUUUGGAUCACCAUGCUCGUCAGAAAGUAGUGGUCAGGAGAAAGGAACAGUUAGUCACGAAGUCAAGCUAGCUUUGGAGAUGCUGGAUACUGCAAUAUCUCUUGUCCGCGAACAUACCCUUACUCUUCAAUCACCAAUCCAGACAAAUAAUGUUUUGGAUGAGUUGGUGUCAUCCAAUUCAAGAACGAAUGGCCUUUUAAGGAAAGAAGCAGAGGUGCACACUGAAGAAGCUAAUGAAGGAAUGAUUGCUAAGAAUAUGAGGGAUCUUGAAGCGGAACCAGCUACAUCGCUGUUGCCAAAGGUUGGCAUUGCAGGAGAAGAAACAAGUCCUUGGGAUGAAGAGGCUGCUGACAAGUCAGACUCAGACAACUCCAGAAAGGUUUUUGGUGAAGUUGAUGUGAAGACUAAUGGCAUUCACAAGAGUCGUUACUCACCUUUCAGAUGGAAAAUCUUUGAGAAGAAACAGCGGAUUUGUUGCUUAAACAUUGUAUAAUAUUCAAAAAGCGGUGCUGUUCCUACCGCGGUCCAUCGGCAGGUCAACAUUAGCAGUCCAAAUGCUUGAAGUGGUUCACAUGGAAUUGUGACGACCUGCUGACCCGUGUUGAGAAGCCAAACUUCCAGGAAAUGGGAGUCUAAAUCAUGCGCUGAACAGGAGUUGCAUCUGCAGCCUUACCAUAGAAAAAUGAAGUUAUAUUAUGUGUUCAUCCUGACUUUUAGAAUAACAAGAUCUCUCUGCAAUCUUCCCCUUG